AUGUUUAAUUGGUAUUGUCUGUAUAAGGUUAAGAAGAGCAAGAAGUGGAACUGCAAGUUGUGUGAAGCAAAACAGUCAGUGCUGAAGGUAUAUGGCCAGGGCUCGGGUGCUGACUGUCGACGACAUGUGCAGAAGUUGAACAUGCUGCAGGGGGAAAGGAUGCAGGAAAUGGAAGCAGCUGCUUGGUCCAUUGAGGAACCAACAUGUGCAAACACUGACUCCAAUUCUGAAAGACUUUGUACAGUGAAUGAGCAGUUGGAGAACUCAGCUAGCAGCCGUUGGAGUGUUUAUUUGGACCAGAAUCCCAUUAUUGAGAUAUCAGAUGAGGAAGGAAAAGAGGAAGACAUUGUAUACACAGAUCGCCAGCAGUUCCAGGCAAGCAUGAGGAAUGCCAACAGGAAUAGAAGCAAACGUAAAAGGGGAUUAUGUACCUCAAAGCAACUGGAGCUGUAUGGUAACGGUACUGAGAACAAGGAAACAGAAUCCUCUCAAACGGCCAUGGGUCGCUAUCUGAAAUGUAUGAACUCCACACCAACUGAAAGAAGAAACGGGUGUCAAGUGAUUAGGAAUACAGAAAGUAACAACAUUUCAAACAGCAUGCAUUUAGAAUCCAAUCCAGUGACCUCGCUGAAUGAUGAGAGCCGGUAUGGCACAACUACCUACCCAAUUAAGCAACAGGGUGCACAGGCGUCUAGGUGGGAUAGAUUCCUAUCACAUAGUACGACAGAAGACGAUGAAUUCUUCAAUCAAGGCACUGGUAAAGCUGAUGGAUAUCUAACCUGGAAGGGGGACCAGCCCUCAGCAGAUUCUGCUAUUGAAAAUUACAGAAAAGAUGUGGAUGGUUUUGCUGGCUUGGGGGUGGCUUGUAAUGGCCGCCCAAGUUCACUACAAAUCACUGAAACAGUUACAGAGGAAACCAUGACUCGACCACUCGCUUCUCUAGAACAUGUUGAAGAAGACAUGACUAUGCCGAGUUUGCCUGAACCCACUACUGAUGUGCAUAGACUCAGCAGUAUUGCAUGCGGAGCUGUAACAGUAGUGCAUGACCCUUUCUCUGCGUCCAUGGAUGGUGCUUCUGGAGUUUCAUGUAUUCUAAAGUCAGGGUCUCCUUUGGCCCCUCAAUCUCCAUCAGCCCAUCAGCUUUCGGUUUAUGAGAAACCCGGUACAGCUUUUGGAUUUCAGGCUAAGCAAGACAGCUGCUUUCUCUCGCUCUUUCAGACGGAUGAGGAUUUUGAUGAUGUGUAAUUUUUGGUCAUGUGAUUUUUGAUCUUCCCCCUCCCACUGCAGGGUUUAUGGCUUAUAAAAUGGGGGUACCUGAUGUAUUGUCAGAUGAGCAGCAUUACACAUAUGUGAUUCUUUUGCGCCAAAUCUGCCAGCACAUUUGCAAUGCAACUUUUAAUGAAAGAUGAAGAGAGAUUAUUUCAGGUAGUGCUUGUGAGAAACAGCAGUUGGAAAUUACAAAGUUUAUACUGUUGUGCCCCAUCCUGGGAUGACAUGGUCGCAGAACAGCUCUACAGAAAUGCUGCAAAGUGCCAAAACUUGCAUUGGUACUAGAUGUAUCUCUAACAACUCUGAAAGAGGUGAAUGAGGGUAGGAAUCAACCACACCACUUUGCUGGUUUGCAUGAUGCUAGUGGGUUAGGUAUCAUCAAACCUUGGCAAUGCCAUUACUUCAGGUGACUAGGUGACCAUUCAAUUAUAGUAUUAGUUUUAGAGUAAAGGAUAUAAUAUCCAUGUUCCUAACUUUGAAAUAAAAUCAGAUUCACACCUGAUUAAUUUGAGAUGACAAUGAUGAAGAGAGCAGAACAAGAUCUUAAAACACAGAAACCUGGUUGUGAAUGUAAGAGCAUGUGUACUGGUAAAGGUUGAUUCAAGAACUACAUUUGUUCCUGGCAAUUGAUUCAGGGGUUUGGCUGUUGUUUGAAUGGGUAGUACUCUCCCCUCAAUCAAAAUGUUAAUGGGUUCAAGUGUCAUUCUAGCCAUGAUGGCAUAGGUGAGAUAACACUUGGAAAUAUUGUGAUCAGGGAUCGUUAGAGGUGCAUCUUUGAGUUGCAAUUUUAAAUUGAGGUCCUGUAUACCCCCUCAGGUGGUAGUAAAAGAUUCCAUGAUACUGUCACAGACGAGCAGGGAAUUCUCCUGAUGCUCACUAUCUUCAUUACCACAUGCGUUUGGGAGAUUUUGGUGUACAGAUGGGCUGACUUUUUUUAAUGUUACAAGAAUGAUUUUUUUUUUCUAAAAAAAUAAAUGUCUGGCUGGUGUACAGCCUGAGAUCAGGAAAGAUGUUAUCUUUGGAGUUUAGCUUAAAUAUUUAACAUCUUCAUUAAGUGCUUUUGUUGUCAAAUAGUUGUGAAUUAAAGCAAUCUGUAAAAUAAAUUUGAAAUAUUUCAA